CUGCCAUUGAGAAGAGAUGGGGAAGAAAAGGAAGGCGGGCAGCAAGCCAUACGGCGAGCCAAAAGAGUCAAAAGUCAUCGAUGAUUCAAAAAUGAGAGUCACAACAUUUGAGGAUGUUGCCAACUCUGAAGACGAAUUCUAUUUGAAUCGGGAUAAGCUCCUUUUAGAUGAAGGACCAGCGGCGAAGAGGUUGAGGAAAUGGAAGGAACAAGAGGAGUUCUUGGAGCCCUCGGAUGAGGAAGUUCUCGACUAUAGCACUGGCGAAGACGACGACGACGACGAACAAGAAGGGGACCAAAGCAAGACUGUCGCCCAAGGCGAUGAUUUCUCCGACGACCUAGGAGUCGAAAAGCGCGGUCGAACUGCUGAUGGCGACGAAGACGAGGAGCUGGGCGGAUGGGGCCCCUCCAAGAAGGACUACUACAACGCCGAUACAAUUGAGACUGAGCAGGACGCCCUGGACGAAGAAGCAGAGGCUCGGCGCAUACAGCAGAAACAGUUGCAGGCCAUGACGGAGGCAGAUUUUGGAUUCGACGAGGAGGAGUGGUUAGGGGGAAACGGUGACGAGAAUGGUGAUGGCAAUGUGGUCACAGAAGUGCUCCCGCAGCUACAAAUCACCGAGAAUAUGACGGAAGAGGAGAAGCUGCAAAUCUUAAAGACUCGAUAUCCUGAAUUCGAGCCUAUAUCGAAGGAAUACCUAAGGCUACAACCUCUCCACGACGAAUUGGCCUCUGCUGCCAAUGCAGCCGAACGCCUGAUUCAGACUAGAGCAGAGGCGGACAAUGUGAAUGGGUCACUGGUUCCAACGCCUAUUGCAGUAACUAAAUAUCGAGCCUGUGCUGCAUACCUAGCAGCAAUGGCCAUGUAUUUUGCGAUUCUGGGAUCGACAGCUAGCGAAGAUGGCUCUCCGUCCAUCGCAAUCAACCCCAUGGAACUACACGAGCACCCUGUCAUGGAGAGCCUCCUCAAGUGCCAACGACUCUGGGCUAAAGUAGAAAGCUUGCCAGCUGCGGAUCCAAUGGUGGAAACUGCUAACGGUGAUGAGCUAUCUGUUAUCGAGGAAGCAAACUCUGCUCCAGAAACACAACCCACGGACCCAGUUGCUCCCAAGAAAGAAAGGAAACUCAAGAAGAGCAAAGCUCAACUAGCUGCCGAAGCCGCCCAAGCAGAGGCGUCCGCCCGCCGUGCCGAAAAGCUCCGCAAGACUGAACAAGAAUUAGAAACUCUCUCCGCUCUGACGGACAAAUCCGCGCUCCGAAAAGCUACCAAGCAAAAGAAGAGCAAACCACUCCUCAACCUGCUCAACGCAGAUGACUCCGACUUCGGGGAAGAAACAGAACUCACCGCACACGAAGCUGCUGAAAAGGCCAAAAAGAAGAAGAGCCUCCGUUUCUAUACGUCUCAAAUCGUCCAGAAAUCCAACAAACGCGACGCAGCUGGCAAAGACCAAGGCGGCGACGUCGACAUACCUCAUCGCGAGCGCUUGAAGGACAGGCAAGCCAGGCUUCAAGCGCAAGCCGAAAAGCGAGGCCAGCACAAGGACAAAGGUCCCGGUGAGGCUCUUGGCGCAGGUGAUGACAGUGCCUCUGAUGAUGCGCAACCACGUGGCAUUGGCUCCGACGACGGAGACUAUUACGAUUUGGUGGCCUCACGCAGCAAAGCCAAGAAAGAAGCGAAACAGGACCGCGCUGCUGCAUAUGCGAUGGCGGCUGCGGAAGGCGGGAAGGUGGUGCCUGAGGAGAUUAUUGGGCCGGAUGGGAAGCGGAAGAUUAGCUACUUGAUUGCGAAGAAUAAGGGUCUCACGCCGCAUCGGAAGAAGGAAGUGCGGAAUCCGAGAGUUAAGAAGAAGUUGAAGUUUGAGGCGAAGAAGAAGAAGCUUAAGAGUCAGAAGGCCGUGUAUGGAGGUGGAGAGGGGAGAGGAGGGUAUGGCGGUGAGUUGACGGGUAUUAAGAAAGGAUUGGUUAAGAGUACCAAGCUGUAGUUGAAGGGUGUUUUGGGAAGUAGUACUCCG